AUAUGUCUCACUGUUAGAAUUAUUUUAUUUUAUAUGACAUGAUGACAUAUGACCAUAUUACGCACCACGCUUUCCCGGAAAUAAAGUGAAUUUGGCGCGAGACGCUGAGCGAACUUGGUGAUGGAACGUCAGAUACACGCCCCCAGCUUCUCAUACCAUGUGGUUGAUAUAAACACAGUUCACUUUCGUGACAAGCUUUUUGGCUUCAACAUUUUCUUAACUGUGCGCUCGUUUAACAGCUGUCAGCAUGUCUGUGUCCGUCGACGUGAAUUUUCAAACCCAGAUUGUGUCUGUUUUGGAUUCACUUACAAAGGUGGCCGUCGUGGAAAUAACGAAACUGUUCGAGUGUCACUUCCUUGCUAAAGGAACCACUGUUCUCAUUGAAGGGCGGACAAAACAAAAUGAAAUCCUGCAAACGGUGGACUCUGUCAAAAAGUCAGGCAAGAAAUGUCUUCGCAGUAUCGGAGUUCAAGUGGAUGAGGAGUUACCUGGUAUAUGAAAGUGUUACUUCAUCCCACUGUAACGUUGUUGCUGUUAAGAUCCCAGUGAAACAGUUUACAAUCUCAUCCAACGGAUCUUGCUGCUGGAUACUUUGUUGCAACUAGCAAGUAGUACAAUCAUGUUCUCGGGGGAGCCAUAUGUAAAAUUGUCACAUAUGGAUAAAUAAACACGGCCCCAAAACAGUGCUCCGUCUCAAAGGUGAGCAGUGAGGAGGGUCCUGCACAUCAUAUCACCAUGUUGGAGGCUAAUCAGCCUGCUGACCUAAAGUGCUAUGUUCUAGAACACAAGGAUGUGGAGAUGGUGAAGGUGAGCAGUCUGGAACCAGAAUCCCCAACAACCACUGAGCCAGAAGGAGAACAAGUUAUAUAUUCCAGUAAACACAUUAAUUCUAGCCCCUAAGUAUCCAAACCACCUCUCUGGUACUGUUCAAAGCUCCCCAACCUCAAGACAGAAUCAGAGAAUGGAAUGAACACAGAAUGGGUGACUAAAGUCAUCUGUCAAAUGGUCCCAAAGGCAGAAGAGCAGUAUUCAACACCACAGGCAAAUUGUAAAGAAAAGCCUAUCCAGGUGGAGCCCCAAGAGGCCAGUGUCAGCACCGCAAAGGAGACAGCCUAUAGCCCGUCCACCUCAGAUGGGGCUUUGGCUCCUGAACAGGCUAAGAGAAAGUUGACAUCUAUGGGUGCAUUGGACCCUCCCUCUGCAGUGAAGAAUAAAAAUGUGGACUUCAAGCUGGACCAGAUGAUGAUUAUGAAGACGGUGGAUUUCAAGCUGGACCAGACCUCCCUGGAGCACAAAUUGACGAGGGCCUGCUCGGUGCUGCUGGUGAACCUGCUUUUGGUGCCUGGAGGGAAGAAGGCUAAUGGGAGCUACUGUCAAAACAGCAAGAGGUUCCCCAUGCCCAAGGACAUCAAGACCCACCAGGGCCUCCACACAGGCCGGCGCCUUUACUGCUUCACUCAGUGUGGGAACGAUGUCUGGCGGCUUCAAAGCGUCCUCUCCCCGAGCCACUCCUACGGUUGCAAGAUCUGCGGGAAGAGUUUCAAACGCAGGAAGAUCUUGAGGAGGCACGAGCGCUUCCACAACGGGGAGAAGCCCUAUUCAUGCUACCAGUGCUCAAAGAUGUUCGCCCUGCGGAAAAGCCUCCGCAGGCAUGAGAGGUUCCACACGGGGGACAAGCCUCACAGCUGCCUCCAGUGUGGGAAAAGCUUCCGGCUUAGGGACAAUCUGAAGGCUCACCUGCGCUUUCACACAGGUGAGAGACCUUUCACCUGCUCCUUCUGCUCCAAGAGCUUCAGAAUCCUCAGUAACCUUGAGGAACACAGCGUUGAUCACUUGGGGGUGACAGCGAAGUAGCUCACUUUCCGACAAAGAGCUGUUCCUAAGCAUUAGCACCUAGCAGCCUUUAUUGGCUGGUUGUGUAAGCCGCAUUACAAAGCUUAUCUACCUCUAACUGAAACUACUAAAUGCCCAUUCCUCAUUUAUAACUUAUCGUUCAGCAUUGGUUGUUUUUGAACGAUACUAUGAUUGUAAAUAACCAUUAUGACGGAAGAUGGGGACAGUGGAAAGAUCUGAAAUGAGGCAGUCAACCAUCCUGGGGUAGGUUUGGAUUGUCCAGACUGAUCAUCUGAGUAAAGCUUUAGUGGACACUGUUAUUAAUAGCCAUAAUGUUUUUCCAGGCACCGAUUUAUGCCUAGUCCUAAACCAAAAAAGUUAUUGCAAUGGAGAUUUUAUAUUGAGCAUACUGGACUAGGCUUAAUCUGGGUCUGGAAAACUGGCCCCUAGGUCUUUACACUAUUUCUUUGGCCAAAACACUAUGGACAUGGAACUGUUGCAUGUCUCUUUGAAGAAUACAUAGCGUUGUACAUUGGCCAGGGCUGAGAUUAGUGUGAGGUCUUUCUCAGAAAAUCUGUUUUCAUGAUACAUCUUUUCACUUUGUAGUAAAUACAAACAAAUUGUUCCUUUGUAUUUUGGUUUGUAAGUAGUUGUAAAGGUAGGCUUAAAUUGUUUGUUUUAUACUUUUAUCUUGAACCAUUAUGCCAAAUACUAUAGUAAUGCAGCAACUGUCUCUCCUUAUCUUUGUUCAUAGUGCUGUUUUGUCAGGAAAACACCAUCCUUAAACUUCCCUGAUGUCUACACAGGAAAAAGUAUCUAAAGACUCAUGACUUAGUUUAAAAUUAAAAGAAUGGGAAGUAUGAUGCAGCCUUUACUUUUGCAAAUACACAUUUGACUGUUAUUUCAUAUUUCAUAUUUUUUGAUUGAAGCUGAUUGAAGCUGAUGUCUGACUGAGUCCAGGGGUCUGAAAACCUUCCUAAUGCACUGUAAUUCCCUGCGUUUGAGUGAAAAGGUCUGUUUUAUGGUAUGUACUGUGGUUGGCCCUUUUGUCUGGCAAUAAAAAAACACUUGUAUUA